AUGAGGGAGAUCAUUAAUCUUCAAGUCGGUUCGUGCGGAAAUCAGAUUGGAGGAAAGUUCUGGGAGGUGAUUUCUGACGAACAUGGGAUUGACCCCAGCGGUUGCUACCAUGGCGACUCGGAUCUUCAGCUGGAAAGGAUAAAUGUCUACUACAAUGAAGCUUCUGGCGGUAAAUAUGUGCCCAGAACAGUACUCAUUGAUCUCAAGCCGGCGACUAUGGACGCCGUGCGGUCUGGACCAUUCGGCUGCCUCUACCGACCUGACAACUUCGUAUAUGGGCAAGGAGGCGGCGCUAACAACUGGGCCAGAGGACACUAUACGGAAGGCGUUGAAAUCUUAGAAUCUGCAUUAGACGUUGUCAGACGCGAAGCUGAAGGAUGCGACUGUCUCCAAGGCUUUCAAAUGGAGCAUUCUCUUGGAGGCGGAACCGGAGCAGGGAUGGGGACCCUGCUUAUCAACAGAAUAAGGGAAGAAUAUCCAGACAGAAUAAUCCUCUCUUUCUCAGUUUUUCCAAGUGCACGAGUCUCCGAUUGUGUAGUAGAACCCUAUAACACAACGCUUGCUGUGAACCAGCUCGUAGAAAACACAGACCACACGUUCUGUCUGGACAACGAGGCGUUAUAUGACAUCUGCUUUAGAACUCUUAAACUCACGACACCUACUUAUGGCGAUUUAAACCAUUUAGUUUGCGCAACAAUGUCUGGUAUCACAACAUGCUUAAGAUUUCCCGGACAGUUAAAUGCGGACCUAAGAAAGCUCGCAGUCAAUAUGGUACCAUUCCCUCGCCUUCAUUUCUAUACGCCUGGAUUUGCACCCCUUACUUCUAGAGGAGGGCAGCAAUACAGAGCAUUAACAGUUCCCGAGUUAACGCUACAAAUGUUUGACGCCAAGAACAUGAUGGUUGCGUGCGAUCCUCGACACGGGAGAUAUUUAACAGUUGCAACCAUAUUCAGAGGCAGAAUGUCUAUGAAGGAAGUUGAUGAACAGUUAGUGAAUAUUCAGAAUAAAAACAGCACGUACUUUGUGGAGUGGAUACCAAAUAAUUGCAAGAUUGCAGUAUGCGAUAUUCCACCUAGAGGCUUAAAGAUGUCUUCCACGUUUAUAGGAAACACUACAGCUAUUCAAAGUAUAUUCAAGAGGGUCGCCGAGCAGUUUGUGGCGAUGUUCAGACGAAAAGCAUUCCUGCAUUGGUACACUGGUGAAGGUAUGGAUGAGUUAGAGUUUACAGAAGCCGAGAGCAAUAUGAACGACUUAAUAUCAGAAUACCAGCAGUACCAGGACGCGACUGCGGAUGAUGAAGGGGAGUUUGAUGAAGAAGCAGAAGGGGAGGGGUUAGAAGAAUGA